GAACGUGCGCCGGUUCACUCGCCCCGCUCCCGGUUCGGCCGACAUGAUGACGCAGACGGUUCUGCUGCUCGCCGCUGCGGCGCUAGUGUGCUCGGCUGCCGUCUUGCCGGAGGAUCGAGCCAGCACCAUCGUGCGCACGACGGACCGGCGCGCCACCGACGGCGGCUACGACUUCGGCUUCGAGACCAGUAACGGGAUGGCCGUGCAGCAGUCGGGCGUAAUCGACCCCGCUACCGGCGCGCUCUCGGUGUACGGCGUGUACGAGUACCUGGACCCGGCCACCGGCCAGGUGUUCCGCGUACAGUACAUCGCCGACGAGAACGGGUUCCAACCGCAGGGCGAGCACCUGGUGCGCUCCGCCGGCGUCCGGUCCUUCUAGCAGGCUAUAGUUGGCUAACGCCAGCACGCCACAUCGACUUCUUCAAAGAGCCUACAAAUCUGUUUGCCGCAAGGACAAAUGAUUUCUUGA